AACCGAAGGUUAUUCAUGAACCACGUAAAACUUUAGCUGAUAUUGUUGCUGUUCCAGUUUCUAACAUUAUUGUUGGUGAAGAAUGUUACAUGCAUGAAGAUAUAUUAGAAGCUUUUAAAGACAUAACGCUUCAAGUUUUUAAAAUUUUUUUGAUACCACCAGUAUUAUCUUUUAUACAUCCCUGGCUUCAUCAACAAUUUGUUGCAAUUCCUUUCAGAUUUGGCUGGAAUCCGAUUUCAAAACACAGACAAGCAAUCAUUAAUCGUAUUAAGCCGGUUGUUGAAAAACGUCUUUAUGAUAAAAAGAGAUUAGGUGAUGCUUGGGUUGCUCCGUUAGAUGCACUACAAUUCUAUUUAGAUGAUCCCGAAAUAACUCCCGAUCCAAACAAUGUAAAUUAUAAAUAUAUUGCCGAUGCGAUUGGUACUUUUAUUUUUGCUGCUAUGGGAACUACGGCUAAUGGUGCUACUCGUGCUUUAUACGAUUUGAUAGAAAGAAAACAACAAUAUUGGCAAGAAUUAUAUCAAGAAGCUCAGGAAAUUAUUAAACAGUGUAACGGAAAUGAGCUUACAUCCGAUGACAUUGCCAGUAUGGUGAAGUUAGAUAGUUUUGUUAAAGAAUCUUUGAGACUUUCUCCUGGUAUAGUUGGUUUGCAGCACAAAUGUAUUUCUAAAUCCUAUCAUACAUUUGCGAAUGGUUAUCAAAUUCCAAGUGGUCGUUCUGUCAUUUUAAAUUUCAGUGAUACAAAUAACGAUGAAGAACUUCAAG